UCUGAUUUUGUUCCUUUGUAACUUUUCAGCUAAUAUUUAAUCUUUGCUAACAACCAUGGAACCAAAAAAUGGCACUGAAGUGACUGAAUUCAUUCUCCUGGGAUUUGUUGGUCAACACCGAUUUUGGCUGAUACUCUUCAUAGUCUUUCUACUGAUCUAUUCAGCUACCUUACUAGGCAAUGUUGGGAUGAUCCUACUCAUCAAGACUGACUCUUCACUUCACACCCCUAUGUAUUUUUUCCUCCAACAUUUGGCUUUUGUUGAUCUUUGUUAUGCCUCUGCUAUCACUCCCAAGAUGCUGCUGAAUUUUGUAUGCAAAAACAAAUCCAUCUCAUUUACAGGAUGUGUGGUACAAUUACUGGUCUAUGGGACUUUUGUAACCAGUGAUUGCUACAUCCUGGCUGCUAUGGCAGUGGACCGUUAUGUGGCCAUUUGUAACCCACUUCACUACCCAGUUGUCAUGUCUCGGAGGUUCUGCAUUCAGCUGCUAGUUGGUUCAUAUGUCAUGGGUUUCCUAAAUGCUUCUGUAAACACAGGUUUCACUUUCUCAUUGCCAUUUUGCAAGUCCAAUGCAAUUAAUCACUUUUUCUGUGAUGUACCUCCAAUUCUUGCCCUGUCAUGCUCCAGCGUUGACUUCAACAUCAUGGUCCUGACAGUCUUUGUAGGGUUUAACUUGACAUUCACCGUGUUGGUGGUCAUGUUUUCCUAUAUGUAUAUUCUGUCCGCCAUCCUGAGGAUGUCUUCUGCUGCAGGGAGGAAAAAAGCCUUUUCCACAUGUGCCUCCCAUGUAACAGCAGUCACCAUUUUCUAUGGGACUCUUUCUUAUAUGUACAUAAAUCAUGGAACCAAUAGGUCUCAAGAGCAAGAACAGGUGGCAUCUGUGUUUUAUGGUAUUAUGAUUCCCAUGUUAAAUCCCCUCAUCUACAGCCUAAGAAACCAAGAUGUGCUAGAAGCCCUAAAACGGAUAGGAAAUAAGCACUUCUAUUGUAAAAUAUGAUUCUAUAGGCCGGCACCAUGGCUCACUAAGCUAAUGCUCCGCCUGCGGCGUCGGUACUCUGGGUUCUAGUCCCGGUUGGGGCACUGGUUCUGUCUCGGUUGCUCUUCUUCCAGUUGAGCUCUCUGCUGUGGCCAGGGAGUGCAGUGGAGGAUGGCCCAAGUGCUUGGGCCCUGCACCCACAUGGGAGACCAGGAG